CUGCCCUUUCGCGUGCAGCAGCUCGCGCUCGCGCCCGCGUGCACCGGAACAUAGUGUUUGUGUGCAUCAUGGACUGAUUCGGACGUCUUCAGAAGACAGAAUUCAGAACUACAUUUAAUUAAACAGCAGAGAUUACUGAUGCAUCAAGGUUGCACCCAAGUUUCCUUGGAUAAUUUGUGAGACCAUCAUCAUCAUGACCAAAGACGACGAGAUCCCUGACUGGGUGGGAGCUCAGGAGUUCUACGAAAAAUAUGAUCCCAAGGAGAUUCUGGGAAGGGGAGUUAGCAGCGUGGUCCGGCGCUGUAUAAACAAACGUACAAAUCAGGAAUAUGCGGUAAAAAUCAUAGAUAUAACACCGUCAGAUAAGAUGACACCUCAAGAGAUCAAGGAGAUCAGGGAAGCCACAGUGAAAGAGAUUGACAUCCUGAGGAAAGUUUGUGGGCAAGAGAACAUAAUUCAGUUAAAAGACUGCUAUGAGACAAAAGCCUUCUACUUCUUGGUCUUUGACUUGAUGAGAAAAGGAGAGUUGUUCGACUACCUCACUGAGAAGGUUACGUUGAGUGAGAAAGAGACAAGAAAGAUAAUGCGUGCAUUGCUAGAAGUGGUCAGCUAUCUUCAUUCCCAGAACAUAGUUCACAGAGAUCUUAAACCAGAGAACAUCCUCCUUGAUGACAACAUGAACAUCAAACUGACCGAUUUCGGCUUUGCCGUUCAGAUUGCUCCACAGCAGAAGGUCAAUGAGGUAUGUGGAACACCAGGUUACUUGGCUCCAGAAAUCAUUGAGUGUUCCAUGGAUCCCCAUCAUCCAGGCUAUGGCACUGCAGUGGAUAUCUGGAGUGCUGGUGUGAUCAUGUACACACUGCUGGCUGGAUCUCCACCAUUUUGGCACAGGAAACAGAUGCUGAUGCUGCGCAUGAUCCUGGCAGGAAAUUACCAGUUCACGUCGCCAGAAUGGGAUGAUCGUUCAGAUACUGUCAAAGAUCUGAUCUCCAAAAUGUUGGUGGUGAAUCCAGAGCAACGCUACACAGCCAUCGAUGCCUUAAAUCACCCAUUCUUUCAGCAGUAUGUGGUGGAGGAGGUGCGACAUUUCAGUCCUUACAGGAAGUUUAAAGUCAUCUGUAUGACUGUCCUUGCUUCAGUGCGCAUUUACUGCAACUACCGUCGUGCCAAACCCGUCACCAAGGAUGUGAUCAAGAGUGACCCCUAUGCAGUGAAACCCAUUCGCAAACUCAUUGAUGCAUGUGCAUUUAAAAUCUAUGGACACUGGGUGAAGAAGGGCCAGACACAGAACAGGGCUGCACUAUUUGAGAACAGCCCAAAGGCCAUUUUACUCUCUAUAGCAGCCGAGGUUGAAAAUUCAUCAUUGAGAACAUGGUAGAAAAAAAAAACCUAUAUAAGCUGAAAUGAAGGAAAAAGGGAAAAUGAGAAAAUGGCUUAAUCAAGAAUAUUGCAAAUACUUUUUUUGGUAUUUGUUACUGUGAUAAAUUCAGGAAACUGACUUGUAAUGGUUAAAUGAAUAGUUAAAAUGGUAAAAAUUAUAAUAUAAUUUUAUUUAUUUAAAUGGGAUGAGAGCAACUGUAAAAGUGUGAAUUGUAAAAUGAGUAGGCUCUGAAUUAAUUCAUUUUGUUUGACAUUAUGGAAGCUUAAUAUUUGUAUAUCCUCAGGGGUUCAGCAAUAUAUAUGUGUUAAAUCCUCAUUAAUAAGCUUUCACAUAACCCACAUAUGUACUGUGUAGCAGGAAAUUGGUGUUUUAACUAUUAAUCCAUAAAACUAUUUAACUUGUUGAAUGUAAAGCAAAAUUUAAGCAGCACUAAUUAACAUUAUAUUGUUCAUCAAAUGAGUUCUAUUUUGCCCUUCCUAUUUGCCAUGCAGGCUGAAAUGGAUUUCCACAAAUCUUUUUUUGAUAUCUAUCAUCUUAUUCUGGUGGUAAACCAUGUUUUAAAGUAAGCUGGUGUCCAUCAGAUCCGAUCAGACCAAAUUUAUUAACAAACUGAAAACAAAGUGAAAAAAAAAAUUAUUUAGCGUAUUUACAAAAAUCACAAGAACUUUUAAUGUUCGUAUUUUGUAUCUGGGUGCAAAUCAGAGCUUUAGUGGUGCCUGGAGAAGUGGGCGUACUGUAAAUAUAUCCCUUAAUAUUAUUUAAAUUGGCUAAUCCAGCCCACAACAACAACAACAACAAAUCCUGUUUUAUAAACAGUGGCAUUGAGUGUGUGGGUAUGCCACUGGCUGUGAUUACCUGCUAUAGCAGCACUAAUCUAUCAUCAUUAGGUGGUUUGGUCCUAAAACCUCAUUUUUGUUUGAAUAGGUCGCUGUUAAUUAACAUCUUCAUUGUUAAUUGGUUUAUUGUAAUUUUUCACAAGAGGCCAUAUUUUGGAUGUAUCAGAAUGGACCGACAGGCAGGUGGCAGCAAACAAUACUUUUUUCUCAGUGUGGCAAUGCAAAGUUAUCCCACACCACUCUCUCUCUCUCUCUGUUUGGUUAGGGCUAGAACAUUAAGCCAAUCAUCACUCUUCCCUAAACAUAACCAAACAAAUCAACAAAGGCAGAAAAAUCGUCAUGCGUACAGCAUAUGACUGCAUAUCAGUAUAAAUGAAGUAAUAGGUAUAUGCAGUGCUUAAAAAUAAGGAGGUCAUUCUACAA